CCGGCCCGGCACGGCGCGACACGGCACCGCCGGGCGCGCCACGGCUCGGCCCGGCACGGCACGGCCGCUCCCGGGGCGCGGCGGAGAGACGGGCACACGCUUCGGCUUACAAAAAACCCGCUUCAUUUUUCAUUUUAAACCCCGUUUUUUGAAUUUGCUUUGGCGGCGCCCGGUGCGCGGCUGCGGGCAGCAUGGGGCUGCCGGCGCUGGAGUUCAGCGAGUGCUGCCUGGACAGCCCCCAGUUCCGGGAGCGGCUCCGCUCCCACGAGGCCGAGCUGGAGAAGACCAACAAGUUCAUCAAGGAGCUCAUCAAGGACGGGAAGUCGCUCGUCGCCGCCCUCAAGAACCUGUCGGCGGCCAAGCGCAAGUUUGCAGACUCUCUCAAUGAGUUUAAAUUCCGCUGCAUUGGUGACGCUGAGACGGAUGAUGAGAUCUGCAUUGCCAAGUCUCUGCAGGAGUUUGCCACGGUGCUGCGGAACCUGGAGGACGAGCGGAUGCGCAUGAUCGAGAAUGCCAGUGAGGUGUUGAUCACGCCACUGGAGAAGUUCCGCAAGGAGCAGAUUGGGGCGGCUAAGGAUGCCAAAAAGAAAUACGACAAGGAGACGGAGAAAUAUUGUGGGGUUGUAGAGAAGCACUUAAACUUGUCUUCUAAGAAGAAAGAAUCCCAGCUUCAGGAGGCAGACAGCCAGGUGGACCUGGUUCGGCAGCAUUUCUAUGAAGUCUCACUGGAGUAUGUCUUCAAGGUGCAAGAGGUCCAGGAGAGGAAAAUGUUUGAGUUUGUGGAGCCUCUGCUGGCCUUUCUGCAGGGGCUUUUCACCUUCUACCACCACGGCUAUGAGCUUGCAAAGGACUUCAGUGAUUUCAAGACAGAGCUGACAAUCAGCAUCCAGAAUACAAGAAAUCGUUUUGAAGGAACAAGGUCAGAGGUUGAGUCUUUGAUGAAGAAGAUGAAGGAGAACCCUCAUGAGCACAAAAACAUCAGCCCUUACACGAUGGAGGGUUAUCUCUAUGUACAGGAGAAACGUCACUUUGGGACUUCCUGGGUGAAGCAUUAUUGCACGUACCAGAGGGAAUCGAAGAGGAUCACGAUGGUGCCAUUUGACCAGAAAUCUGGAGGCAAAGGGGGAGAAGAUGAAGCUGUUACCCUCAAAUCUUGCACACGGCGGAAAACCGACUCAAUUGAGAAAAGGUUUUGCUUUGAUGUGGAAGCUGUGGAUCGGCCUGGUGUGAUCACCAUGCAGGCACUCUCAGAAGAGGAUCGAAGGCUGUGGAUGGAGGCAAUGGAUGGCCGGGAACCGGUCUACAACUCGAACAAGGACAACCAAAGCGAAGGCACUGCCCAGUUGGAUAAUAUCGGCUUCAGCAUUAUCAAGAAAUGCAUACAUGCUGUCGAGACAAGAGGGAUCAAUGAGCAAGGACUCUACCGAAUCGUUGGAGUAAACUCUAGAGUUCAAAAGCUGUUGAGUAUAUUAAUGGAUCCCAAAACAGCCACAGAAACAGAAACAGAGAUCUGUGCAGAGUGGGAGAUAAAGACCAUUACUAGUGCACUGAAAACCUACCUGAGAAUGCUUCCGGGGCCGCUGAUGAUGUACCAGUUUCAAAGGAGCUUCAUCAAAGCAGCGAAACUGGAGAAUCAGGAGUCGAGGGUGUCAGAGAUCCACAGCCUUGUUCAUCGGCUUCCAGAGAAAAACAGGCAGAUGCUGCACUUGCUCAUGAACCACUUGGCAAAAGUUGCAAAUAAUCACAAGCAGAACCUGAUGACUGUUGCUAAUCUGGGUGUGGUAUUUGGGCCAACACUGCUUCGACCUCAAGAGGAAACAGUUGCUGCCAUUAUGGACAUCAAAUUUCAGAACAUCGUGAUUGAAAUUUUAAUAGAAAACCAUGAGAAGAUAUUUAACACAGUGCCAGAGGCUUCACCAUCAAACUCGCAGCUGCUGUUAUCUCGCAAGAAGAGCACAGACUCGAAGCCUCCCUCCUGCAGUGAGAGACCGCUGAUGCUUUUCCACACGGCACAGCCCAACGAGAAGCAGGAGAACAGGAACAGUAUCAUCAACUCCAGCCUGGAAUCCGUCAUCUCUUCAAAUGUAAACAGCUUCCUCAACUCCAACAGCGCUCCCCAGCCCAGCCUGAGCUCAAGUGAUCUUGAACUAGAAGUAAUUAAACCCAACAGACCAAAUUCACUGAAGAGUCCCUCGCAAAGUUCUCCAGAGUAAGAAGAAGGGAAAAAAAAAAGGUCCAGAUGACAUUUGCUUUCUGCAGGCAAAACUGAAAGCAGGCAGCAGCCAACAUUUCCCCAAAGCCUCUCACCAGCUCUACUCUUUCCAUGAGAAACAGAAAGGAAAUUGGAUCCUACAAGAAAACUGUUUUCCAAAAUGCCAGAGACCUCAGAAUAGUCUGUUUGCUUGCCUACACUGCCUUCUCCAGCGAGACACGACUCAGGUCUUGCAGUCACGUAAGCUCAGAAGGGUGACACUCAAGCAGUAUCUUGGAAAUAAAUCCCUGCAUUUCACGCAAGGGAGACAAGCCUUUUGUUUGUGUGCAUCAUAGCCCCGCGGUCUGCAGGUGCUGGGAGAGCCAGCUCAGACGGGUCUUGAAACAUCCAUUUGUUUUUCUUGAGGCAAUGUGCUGGAAAGACUUGCAAAGCAGGACUGUGAGGCUGUGCAGGGGUAGCUGGGUCAUCGUAGGACCACGUUCAUCUCUUCUGCAAGCAACUCAAUUGAAACAGGAUGAUCUUUGUACUUGAAAAUCCACACGCUAUCAUUAGUUGAUAGUUUUCUCAGAUGCUCUGGUGAUCACAGUGUUUUCUUUGCCACCAAGGAUCCAAAGACACCAAAAUCCUACUCCAGAUGAUCAAUAGCUUCUUAGAUAGAGACUGGCCCGAGUGCAGGUUCUUGCUGUAAAGCUUUUUUACUGCAACAUGGCAGAAAUAACUCUCUUCUCUGAGAUUCAUAUUGAUUGCAUUAUGCACUGUAAUUAGCGUAGCAGUCUGCACAGUUGGUGGAGCAAUGACAGAGACAACUUUAUGAGUAGUGAGAGCUGCAUUCUUUAAAAAUGAUUUCAUCUCAAAAAGAGCAUUGGGAAUUUCUAAUCCUGUGUGGUUGGACAUUGCUUCUGUAGUGCAGUGAGGAGGACAGGGUUGAUAGUGGCGGUGGUGGCUGUCCUGUGCUGCAGGCACACGGUGACUGGCAUGGCCUCUUGCACCCAGAACACGCUGCCCACAGAGGUGGUGGCAGCUACGGUGGGAGGGCUGCAGAGUGUCAGUGGCCGCUUGUGGAGGCAGAAGCCCAGACGCAUUUCUGUCACCAGCUCAUCGCCCCCUCCAAGCCCCACCUUCAGCGAGCUCCCCUUUGAGUGGGAAUUUGCUGUGCUCCAUGUCUGUCCUCUCCUGCCCCAGGAUGGGGGCUUUGCAGUUGUUAGAUACUACUUCCCACUGGGCUUGUAACCACAGAGAAGAUGAGCUGAUAGCAAGAGGUGUGUAAGCUGUCCUAGGACUCUUCCUGCCCUGCAGAGUGUUCAGUGAGAAGGAACCUCACUGGAACCAAGGGCUGGAGGCAGGAAAGUUUUCUUCCCAAAGUAACACUCCUUACCUAUAGAAAAUCCAUGCAUGGAGCAGGUGACUUGCAUUUGAUGAAGAGCUUUUUAAUAUCACCAGGAUGGAGAGGAGUCCACAUGAAUGGUGAGAACCAUGGUAAGAUGAAAGGCACACCUAGCAGAUCCUCUGCCUCCCAGGUGAUAAAAACAUGCAUUCAUAUUGCAUUUGCUGUACCGUCUUGGAGACCAACCACAGCGGCUGUAUCAAGCCUGAGAAUAUAUCAUACAGGUAUUAUAACCAACAACUCUGGCUUCCAAAAUACCAGCUCCUCUUGUGGUGCUCACACUGAUGGCAAUGUCCUGGCAACGUCUACCCAGAGGAGAGCACUCUGCAUGUCUUUCAGCACAUCUAAGGAGCUCUCUCCAUUAGAAGGCAGGAGCAUGCUUAUGCACAGAUAAAAUAAACUCCCCUGCCUGACAUACUAGGUGGCUUGUUACAUUAAGGGAAGGUAGGACAUUGUCACAAAUGGCCAGACAACUGCACCUGCUAGAGAGAAAAACGAAGAAGGAAGAACUGGUGCUUGAGGGGUUAAUUUCUGCAAUUUGGGCCCACUCAGUUUCCUUUGUAGCACCUCCUUCUGUUCAAACUUGGAAAUAGAUUUAAUAUAUGGUAAGUACCAAUGUCUAACAGAUUUAUUAAAGACUAAUCCACGUAGUUACUCAUUUUUCUAAAGACUGGCAAUUUUGAUGAUAGGAAAUUGCAAAAAGGUUGUUUUUAAAUAGCAGUGGUUAUUAGGAGUAUUUCUGUUAAGAGCCUGUCUGUGAGCAUUCCCUGCUUUACAGCCCUCCCAUGAAAGCUGGAAGGCACUGCUGUAUCUCAUUCCUAUAUGCAUGUAAUCCUCUGGCACAAUAAAGACAUUGCCCAUAAUUCCAAGGGGAAAUUCUUCAUUUUUGUUGAAUCCCAUGGCACAGCUUCUGCGAGGGGUAAAGCAGCCAAGAGCUUGCCCUUAAGCAGAUAUGGACCUUAGGGCAGCCCAGGCCAACAAUUUAACCUUCUGUAGUGUCCUCCAGGUGCUAUUGUGGGGGUGAUAUUUAUGAUAUGGACACUUUCCCUCUUAGACAUUGGACCAAAUCCACAGAUCUGUCCUUUCAGUUUUGAGUUGUCACCGUCAAGGAAUGCCAGGGAGCACGGGCUGCCAGCUUCUCUUGCGGGCACGUGGAAGGGCACGUAGGGACUGCCAGCAGGAGUCACCAGCCUCUUGGCAAGUGCCGGUGCUGGUGGAAGAUAGAGAGACCCAGAGAUGAGCCUGGAGUGGGCGGGGAAGGCUUCAGGGUGCUGGUUGCACAGAUGCACAAACUGGAGGGAAGGUGAUGUGCCAUUUUAGUUGAUAAAUUGUAACUCAAACUGAAGGGGAGAAGAUUCCAAGGAAACAUAAGAUUCCAGGUUAAUCGUAAAUAUUUCCUGGAGACCCUCUUGGAUGUUGGAGGGGAUUGGUUCUUUUAAGUAAUAGAAGUUGAGGCUUUACAUUCAGUUUGAAAUGGAAGGAAAAUGUUUGUCAUCUUCUCUCUUAAUAUAUGAAACAUUUCAUUCUGGGAUUCAAGAGAAGAAGCCAUGGGCUGAAACAGUUAAACUUCUAUUGUGAUCUCAUGGGGUAUUGAGUGAUUGUAGGGGAACCCAUUGCCCUUUUUACAGAGACUUAAUCUUUUGAGUAAAGUUAAGAGGUAGUGUAGGCUCCCCUGGCCACUGCUCACCCAUGAGCCUGCCCAUGUUUCGUCCCACUCUGUGUGCUGAUGCUGCCCAUGUUGUUUGUUUUGGUGGGGAGAGGGUUGCUUUUGCUCUUUCUGGAGGCUGGGGUUUUUUUCCAUGUUGGCUACUAUUCCAAGCCGUGCUUCUCAGGAGGCUUCUCCUCGAGCAUGAAGGAGGCACAUCACCUCACUGCACAUGGUGGCAAGAGGAGAUCUGAGUUAAUGUUUUUAUCAUCCCAGAUGGGUAUUUGGAAAAAAAUUACACUUACAGACUGGGGCUGAGGGUGAGAAUUGUGCCCCUCUCAGCAUGUGGACCACCUUUCCUCCCACCUCAAGGCUCACUUUAGUGCUGUCAGAAAGCAGCUCAACAGCUUCAUCCCAUUUCCCUCAGAGAAGUGCCAGUUCCCCAAGACGAGGAAGAAGAGCUAAAGCAAUGGCCUCGGGCAUGCUGUUAGUCCUGCUCCUUUCUCUACCUCCAACAUCCAUUUGCUCUGGUGGGCACCGUAAACUGCUGUUACUGCAGGGCUGAGGUUUUCCUGCGUGCUCUGGCACACCCCAUUCCCUGUACCCCAUCCCUUCCCUCAGCAGCUCCCAGAUCAGGAAUGGGAUUAGGAUGGGGAUGGGGACAGCCUGGGAGUUAUCUGUAGGGUCACACACUAUCCCUACCUCAUCACAGGGUUGUGUUAUCAGUGGUACCAUCCCUCAAGAGAAAAAACAUAAAUCAUAGUGCUUUUACAAAACUUGUGGUUUUUACAGAGACAUUUUCAGUGUGGAGAGGUUUUUUUACUCGUUUGUCAGAGUUUACAGUCUGAAUUUGAGAAUGCAGAUGAGUUGCUAAGCAUGUAAACAAUAGAAGCUAAUCAGACUCAAAUUGGUAUUUUAGUACAAUAAAUGCUUUUUGGUGAACCUGAGAAUGACCUAAAUCAAACAGUUUUGAAGGAACCAAACACUUCUUGCUUGACUCCUGCAUGCAUUUACUAGUUCAGAAACUUGAUGCAACUUCAGCUGACAGCCAUAGCUUGAAAGUGGGGAAUGAGGAGCAGUUUUCAUGAAGGGAAGAAGAGUUCUGCAGUGUGAAAUGUGCAAAACAAAUCCAUGAACCGUUGGUAGUCCUGACUACAUGAGCAGGGCGGGAUUCCCGUAGCCCCUUUACCUCCAUGACCUGGAGGGUGGCUGGUGCACGCUGGGGUUCCUGCACAGCCUGGUGCUGCCCAUCCUAGCGGGUGCCGGGGCUGGAGAUGUGCUCCUGCCAGCUGUUCUCUGACAGCUAAUAGCAUGGAAAUGCCAGCCCUUGCCAGCUCUGCGUCUAGAAAACAAACUCUGCUGGGCUCCCCGCCUCCGAGAGCGGUUUGGGUAGAAAUGUAAACAGGCAGUUGUGGCUGAGCAGCGUGGAUCAGGGCCCAGACUCUGACACUGCAGGACUCCAUGUGCAAAAGGGGAGUGGAGGCUGCUUGCAGGAGUUGCUAACACCCAGAAAUACCAUCAGCUAUUUCAGUGGGGGAAAUCAUACACGGCAGGUAAGUGGCUGGGCUGCUGGCAGCGAGCUGCCAGCCAGCCUUCCGCACGCGAGGUGUCAGGCACGCUGGACAGGGUGAUGGAGCAGCUGUUAAUUGGAAGAUCCAGCUCUUGUUGUCCAGAGAAAUGCAGAUACUGCCUUGAAACACUUCCCAAGGUCUUGGCACUUCAUUUCGUACCUAUGUCUCAUGCUCUGAAUAUCCUCAAGGCACUCGCUAUCAUCGGAUGUCGUCUAACUGUCUCUCAGUUGUUGUUUGUUUCUGUGGUUGCAUGUUGAUAAGUUAUCUGGUUAUGUC